AUGUCUUACGCCGUGGAAUCCAAGAAGCGCAAGUUCCACCGCAUGCUGGAAUCCAUAUCCAAGCCCAUCACCGACAAUGUCUCCAAAUCAGCAGCUUCCGCCACAACGUCCGCGACGGCGCAAGAUCGCCUCCCCACGAACCUAUCGAUCAAGAAAGUCCGCCUAAGUAGCGGCGACCAAUCGGAUCUGGCUGCAGUGCGCAACUCCAUCCAAAAGAUCUCCCGGCCUGCACACCAGCUCGCAUCCGCGUCGUCGAACAAGCGCCCCAGCUUCGUGCCUUGGGAUCGCGAGCGGUUCCUGGAGCGCCUGGAGACCUUCCGGCGAGUGGACCGGUGGACCUCGAAACCGACCCCGAUCAAUGAGGUACAAUGGGCGAAGUGUGGUUGGAUCUGUACGGAUACGAUGCGCGUGUCUUGCAUUAGUGGGUGCGGUGGCUCUGUGGUGGUUAAGCUGCCGGAUGAGAUUGAUGAGCUGGAUGGGUAUGACGCGGAGAAGGUGCAGGAGCGGAAAGAAGUCCGUGCAAAACUGGUCGAAGAAUUCGCGAAAUUACUACAUGACGGCCAUGGCGAGAACUGCCCGUGGCGGAACAGGGGUUGUGAUGAUACUAUUCAGCAUCUGCCGUUGACCAACGCCGACACUGCCCUUGCGGGGCUUCGAAAACGCUACUUGAACAUGCUGCAGAUGGGCGAUAAGCUGCCGGCCGAUGAUGUUAUUCAAUCACCAGAGAGCUUUAAACUUGACGAGCUUUUGAAGAUCCUGCCCGAGGAUUGGUCGAAAACAUCCGACAAACCAGCAGAGGAUGGCGAAGCAGGCAACGGUAAUAACCAAGACAGCGCAGAAGCUCAGCCUUCGAUGGAGACUCCUCUCAAUCGCGCAGCAUUGACCCUAGCCUUUUUCGGCUGGGACGCGGUAUCUGAUGGAGCCGCGGGUCUUGUCGGCUGUGGAGCGUGCUUCCGCCGUCUUGGUCUCUGGAUGUACAAGCCCAAGGCCAACGGCGAUGUAACCGUCUACGCUUCCUUGGACGUGGCAUUGGAGCACAUGGAGUACUGCCCAUGGAUUGACCGGCUCUCCCAAAGCGGCACAGGCAAGCCAAACCAGAAGAUGGAGGAUUUACGGAGUGGCUGGGAGCUCGUGGCGCAGGCUGUGCGGGUCAAGCAUCGCCGGCACCUCCGCUCAACGACAUCCAUGGACACAGUUCAGACGGAUGCGAGUUCCGCAUCGGCAGAUUUUGGAGGAGAUGAUGAAAAUGACGAGGCAAAGAAGACUGCGGACCGUGAAUGGUGGGCGAAGAUUCGGCGCAUGAGGCAACUGUUGACUACCAAGUCGCCCCGGCGGAAGUCGGUCAUUCAGUGA